GCAACGAGAACAGUCUCGAAGGCUUUUGUGGAACAGAAAUUCUUAGCAAAUGCCAGUAUGAUGAAUCAAACCAAAAUGAAAACUUAUUUUGAAAUUAUUAAUUUUGCGACCAAAACACAUGUUUAUGCACAUUUGAUUUACAUUAGUUUAGUCAUAUUGUACGAAACAUUAGCGGGUAGAUUGUCCUUUCCAAAAAAAUGAUGAUUUUAAUUUUUUCAGUGUUUAUUAAUCUUCUGUUUUGCUAUUCCGUUUUCGAUGUUCACUAUAUGUCUUUCGACUUGACCGAGAAUGUGGGAUGCAACAAGAGGUUGAACGCCAGUUCGAAGAGGGUCGUCUUGAUUUUGACAGACGGCCUCAGUGCCCAACUCCUUUACAACGUCACUGCGCAAAAUUGGACGAGACCUUCUUUCCUUCGAAAGAUCGUGGAAGGAGCCGGCACAUGGGGAGUAUCCGAAGCGCACAUCCCUUCUAUUUCCAAGCCGGCUUUGUACGCCAUCACAUCCGGCAACGACUUCGACUCUUGGAGGGCGCAUUGGACUCACGCCAAAAUGGCAGACGUCAAAGUCGACAUGAUUUUCAACCACGCCAACCAGGUUUUCUUCAGCGGGGAUCCGGAGGUCACCAGAUUCUUCGACCCCGAUACCACCAAACGGUGGCACGUUAAGGUCUGGGACACUCAAUUCGAGGAGAGGUUAUUCGACGACUACCAUAGAUUGGACGAUUUCGCCUGCCAAGGAGUUCAUGAUUUCUUCGCCAAUGAAAAUCUCAAUGUGACCUUGCGCAGUGACAAAACGAUUUUUGUCAUCUAUCUCGACGGUUCGGACAGCUGCGGUCACUUUUUUCUUCCCUUCUCCCAGAAUUGCAUCGAUGUUGUCAAGAACAUGGAUAGAAACAUCGAAAUGGUUGACGAGGCGUUCAAAAAGUUCUACGGCGAUAACGAAACCACUUUUAUCCUGACUUCGGAUCACGGUAUGUCACAGUCUGGAUACCACGGUAGCGGAGAAGACAUGCAGAUCAAAACGCCCAUCAUGGCUUGGGGAAAAGGAGUCAAGCGAGGCGGUGGGCUCAAGCAGCCGAAAAACGCGAUUACCGAAGUUUGGAAAGCGGACAAUCUUUCUUUCGUCAAUAUCAAACAAGUCGACAUAGCUUCCCUCAUAUCGGUGUUUCUCGGGAACCCGGCUCCGACCCAUUCCUGCGGCCUGCUUCCUGUAGAAAUGGUAGACCUCGACGACGAGACCGUAAUCGACAGCUUGUACUGUAACGAAAAACAAAUCUGGAACAUGAUUUUGGAACAAGCGAAAUCCACCGGCGAUUUCGAAUUGCUCGAGAGUCCCACGAAUUCCGGUUUAAACCUCACGGAAACAAGACAAAAAUUGAACCAAUCGGUUGCCGAAAAGAUCAAGUCCGAAACCGUCCGUCUGGCCAACCUCCUUCACAAAAUUUACAGAAGACAACUAUCACAUUUCCGUAGUUAUUACAAAAACGAAAUGUUGUGGAUAAUGUCAUUCAUCUACGUUGGAUGGGGACUCCUGUUAUUCGAAAGGUGUUUAAUUGCGAUGAAAGUCGGAACGGAAGAUCUGUCGAGUUGUACCACUGAAAAAAAUAUCCUACACGACAUGGUUAGAUUUAUCGGUGAAAGCUGUACUGGGUUGAUGUUGAUAGUCGAUUUGUUUUUCUUGAUGUUUAUCAUCGGUUUUAUUCUAGUAUCGCACAGAGUGAAUUGGCCCGUAUACUUCAAUAUCUACGCAGCUACAAUCGCGAUUAUCUGGUGGCUGGUAAUCAAGCACAUACGCGCCUUACGAGACCUUUGCUUACUCAAAGGUAUUAACGUUCAUAACGCGAUUUGGGCUCUGGUCACGAGCGUUUGCACAAUCGCAGUCGUCACUGGAGUAAAUGUGCCAUACAUGAGGCAGGCGGGCUUUAUUUUGAUAUCCGUCAUUAUUUGUUACUUGACGAGAGAAAAGGCCGAGAUGGUCAUACACGCAGCGUGGUUUGUGACAUCAUCGCUACUCAUAUUUUUCAUGGAUUCACCUGUCAUAGACCUUCCCCCAGACAAUAAUUUGAUAAAACUGGGAGGAAUCACGUGGAUUUUCAUAGCCUGCUUGCAUAUAUAUUACUAUAGAAAAAUUAAUAGAGAUUUCUUCGUGACGAUCGCUCUGCUCCUCACUUUGGCCGUGGCUCAAUGGAAUGUUAUUUCGAUUUACGAACAGAAAAACGAAGAGGAACUGUUUUCCGAUAAGGUCCAACAUGUCACAUGGUCGUGGAUGAUUUUGUACUCCGCUCCUUUUAUGGCGUUUAAUUCUGUCAACGGGUUCAUCCGGUUCCUGCACGUCUGCUACGCCAUGGCGUCUACCUUCAUCCUCAUGAGCGUACGCCACGAAGCGGCCGGCUUGGCCGCGUUCUGCGCCAAUCUGCUAGCCUGGUUUUGCCUGGAGACCAGGAAAUCGUCCAAAAGCUUAGAGACUCCCGCAGGAGAAAACGAAAACGGUCUGGUCAGGGACGACCUGAGAAGGGGUUUCAUGCUGUUGACGUACACCUGGAUCGGUUACUACGCUAUCGGAAAUGUAGACAAUCCGUUUUCCUACAACAUAUACUGGACAGACUGCUUCCUACUAUCGUUCAAAAGACUUGAAACCACCCUGUUGAUCAUUUACAAAACGCUAAUACCUUUGAUCGUUCUAUGCGUCUUGUUCUCGACCAUGUACAUGCACUUAGGGCUCAGCCUUCGGUCGACUAUUGAGUGGUACCUGUUUUUAAACAACUUCGUCGCCUUCUACUUCUUCCAUUGCACAAAAAGCGAAGGAUACGGCUACACGAUGGUAGGUCGCAGCUUCUUUCACCACGCCUUUUCCGCACUCGUACCAGCUUUGGUCGUCCUCCUCCUUCCUUUCGUCGACAUUUUACUCAAAUUCAGCUUUAUCGGUUGUUUCGCCGCUGUUUGCAAGAGAGCAAAGGAAGAAAUUUUGACCAGAUUAAAAAUUAAACAAGUAAAAUGAAAAAUUACCUAAAAAAA